AUGAUUACCCUUUGUAAAGCACUGAAUAAAGGUCGGAUUCUUUAGUUAUUUUUGAUGAUAGAUGGCUUAAUAAUUCAUAUGCAGUCAUACUUAAUACAAGACUAUAGCUUAUUAGCAAUAGGAUUGACUUUAGCAGGCUUUCAUUUGAUUAUAUUUUGUUUAGAAUACAUUUGUUAAAAGAAAUCUAACUUAAUCUUGAUAAUAUUGAGUUUGAUUAAAGGUGUAGUGAUCAUAGGAGUGAGCUAUUUACUGUUGCCAUAAUGGUAAAUUUAUACUGGGAUAUAAAUCGUGUUGAUAAUUCAAUUGAACGAAUAGUAUUCAAAAUUAACAUCAUUAUUUUUCUUUUUAACAUGUAUUACAUGCAUUUGCUUUGGAAAUGUUUCAGAUAUCACAGUUGAGAUUUUGAGAACAGUAUUGAAUUUCUUUUUGAUUCUUCAAAUUUAUAAGAAGAAUGGAAAUCAAUAAUUCAUUAAUAUGAAGAAUCUAUUCACUUAAAUAUCAUCUGGAGAAUUUUGUAUAUUAGAUGUGUAAUACAAUCCAAUUUAUGAAUCUAAAUUUUUUUAUUCCAUUAUAAAAGAGCAAGUUAUAAAUACAUCUGAAUAGAAUUAAAGUAGAAUCUUUACACCCAGAGACUAAACCUAGAAUUUUGUUAGAUAAUCUAACUGUUCUGAAAAUACUACAACAAGACAUUCAUUAUUGAUUAGCGAUAUAAUUGAUUAAUUAAAAAAGAAAAUUCUGAAAUUAGAUUAAAAAUUAAUUUUUGAGCCAACAAACAAUUCUCAUUAUUAUCUCAGUGUUUAAAAACUAAAUAUAGAAAACUAAUAAUUUAUAUUGAUUGUUAAACAUAAAAUAAACAAUAUUGAAUCAUCUAAAUUAUAAUCAUAAUAAUCAAAGGAUUAAAUUUAAACAAUGAUAAAAACACUACACAAAGUUUCUCAUGAUAUGAGAAAUCCUUUAAAUGCAAUAAUUAAUAUGUAAAUGUGCUUAGAAGAAUUAAUAGAUCCUUCUUUGUACUAAAAAUUCUUAAAACCUUCAUUAAAUUCUUGUCAUUUACUUUUAAAUUUAAUUAAUGAUAUUUUGGAUGCUGCUUAGAUUGAAAAUAAAUCAAUAAGAAUUGUGUGUCAUAAAUUUAAUUUACCUAAAUUAAUAGAUAAAACAAUUUCCUUAUUUGAUUUAUUAAAAGAAAAAAAAGGAUUAAAUAUUACUUUUAAUUAUGAUCCAAAAUUGCCACUUAAAAUAAAUUCAGAUAAACUAAGAAUUAGACAAAUUAUCAUGAAUUUAUUGAGCAAUGCUGUCAAAUAUACAUAACCAAAAGGAUCUAUUUUAAUUGAAUGUAUUUAAAGUGAAGAAAAAAAAUAAACCAUUAUUAUUUCUGUUUAAGACUCUGGAUUAGGUAUUAAACCAGAAAAUCUUAAAUUACUCUUUCAAGAAUUCUCUAGAGUAAAUGAUUAAGAAAAUUAAAAAGUAAAUCCUUUUGGAAUAGGAUUGGGUCUAAUGAUUAGCAAUGAAUUAGCAAAAUUACUUUCUUCAAAUCAUUCAAUAGGAAUUUAAGUUUAAUCACAAUAUGGUAAUGGAUCUAAGUUUUAUUUUGAAGUAUUAAAUGAAAAUUAAGCUUAAGAAGAUAUUUCUGAUUCAUAGAUAUCUCCAUAAAUAGCUUAAUAAAUACCAACAUUAGAUUUUAGAGUCUUAUAAAAUAUAACAUCAUAAAAAUCACCCUCAGUUUCAAUUGCUAUUCCCAUGUAAGAAAGUAGCAAAAGAAUGAUUUAAAAAAAAAAUCUUAAAUCUUUUAAUUUUAUGACUAGUUCAUUAAACUAUUAAGUAACUCUGAGAUUAAAAAAUGAAUCAGAAAGAAAUCUUUCUAAUAAAUAAUCUAUUUAAAGUCGUUUAAUUUCAAAUUUAUUAUAAAAAUGGAAUGAUUCAACUUAAUAACAUCCACCUAUUUUAAUUGUUGAUGAUAAUGAAUUUAAUAUUGUAGCUUUAUAAUAUUUAUUAGAAUUAUGUGGAAUGAGUUCAGAUUUUGCAAUGAAUGGAAUGAUAUCCAUAGAAAAAGUAAAUGAAAGAUUGAAAGAUAAUAUUCCCUUUUAAUUAAUAUUUAUGGAUUUGGAAAUGCCACUAAUGCUUGGUUUAGAGGCUUCAACUCGUAUUCGUAAGUUAGAUAGAAAUGUAACAAUUAUAGCAUGUUCUGGACAUAAAUUAACAUAAGAAAUUGUUGAAUAAUUUAAAGAUAGUGGUAUAGCAUUUGGUGUUGAAAAACCAAUUACAAAGAUAAAAUUAAAAGAAUUAUUAAUAAAAUUAACAGAUGGAAUUAGAUGUGAUAGUUCAUAAUUUUCUUAAGUAUUUUGA